AUGGCGGACGGUGCACGCUUUCCAGCAGCACAUUUUCAGUCUCAUAAUCAGCACAAUUCGUCGUCUUUGCCCACUGAAAAUCCUUAUUUUCAACCCAAAUAUCCAGGAAUGCCCCCUAAUUCGUUUUCACCCCAAUCGAAUCACUCAUUAACGAAUUUUGUGCGAGGAAAUUUUCCACAAAUAAUUCCAAGAGGAGAUGUCAUGCAUUCUGAUCUUCAGUUCCCUUCACGAUUCCCUCAUAACCACAUCAACUUGCAACAAGAAAAGCAUCCAAUGGCCAUACAAUCAUCGCAGAUUACAAGACAUCCGUUACCGUCUGGUCAGUUUAUCAAUUCAGAAAGACAGCUGGCAAACUCAAGUCCUAGCAAUUCUCUAGCUUUCCCUCCUCUUGGACAAUUGCCGUUUCUUCAAAGCAGCAGUCAAACAAUGAGCAGUGAUAUCUCGCAAAUGGCAAAAUCGUCUUCAUCUUUUCCAUCUGGUGGACCACAACUAUCACAGACUAAUUCUUUUCAAACUACCAUCCAUGGACCAGUGGGACCUGUGCAACAUUUUCCGGAGACCUUUCCACCCUCAUUUUCAGGGCCCAUAACAGUACCUCCACCACUAACACUAACACCCAUGCAAUUUCCCCCUCCUUUGCCAGGCAAUUUGUCAGUACCAACGGUGCCUUUGGCCGCAUGUUCUGCUAAUCAACCUCAGGUCAAUGCAGCAGUUACAGCACAAGAGACAACAAGCCAAGGGUGGAUUAAUCAGUUUUUAAGAGAAAGAGGACUUGUGAAACAGGAAAAACAAGCAGAGCCACACAGCCAUUUAAAGGUUUACCUUUUUUAACUUUUAAAACCUGUUUCACAGGUGAUAAAGGAGUCAUUUUCUUUAUAUAUGAUUCCUCAAAGAAAAUGAAAACUUUCAUUUGCAUGUUGGCGAAGACUGGGAAGCAUUUCAUGUAGAUUGUUAGGUUGUAGGAAGUGUACUUUUCUUGAUUUGAGUAGGUUUAUAAGGAUCUUGGCUCAUGCUCUCCACUGGAUUCACCCUGUAGCAUUGAGUGAUUGUCAAAACAAUGAGCCUUUGUUAUGGUGGUUGUGUAAGAUACCUUUCUGGGAUUCAGUCUUGAGAUUUUACACAUUUAUACGUUCAUCUUCAGGUGAAAAACAAUUUCCUUGGGACUAAAUUACACUUGCAAAAGUUUUAUCAAAUUGACCCCGGGUGUCAUUGGGUUAAUAAUUAACCCAACAACACCCAGACAGUACCAGCAUCCUACAUUUAUCUUGGAAGCAAAAGCUUGUGAAUUCUUAACCCUGGAUUGUAAAGAAAGGCGUCCUCUGCAGGAGGUAUUAAUAUUCUUUGCUUAUUGUUUUGUUCUUUUAUAUUUUUGGCAGUUAUAUGAAGCUAAACAGCUCAUGACAGAUUGGCUGCAGCUAAUUGCAGAGUUGUCACUUCAGAGAGAUAAAUUGGCUGCACUUGCUUCACAUCACAAUGAAAUGGAAUGGGUAAAAGAAAUAAACAGGGCUCAAACAUUAAAGGUCAGUAACUGAUGGGAAACAUUGAAACCUUAAGGAAUAAUUCCCCACCCUUUACCAUAGCUCCUGCAGAGAUGCCAGAAAAUGUAGUUGCUUGUGAAAGGUCAAUGAUAGCCAAACUCUGACAUUUCAAAUAAGGCAGAAUCUAACAGAGCAAAUUAAGAGGCUCAAUUAUUUCUUCUUAUAGUCCCUGCUUAAUAAAGCAUUAUAAAGUCUUAAGAACAAAGAAUGCUACACCAAAGGAGGAAGCAUCUUAAUUUUAUCCUGUCACCGGCAUGUGAAAACUGAACAGUGUGGCAGAGAGUACAUUUGUUGACGUAAGAUCUUAAAGAGAAGUGUUCAUCUAGAGAAGUCCUGUUGUAAUGGUGGUUUUUAGAGGAAAAUUGCCAUCUUGCAUUCUCAGCUGACCAGAAAUUAGUUGUCAUUCUACAAAGCAAAAGGUUUAAAGCUUGAUGCUAGACUGAGUAGAGAAAGCGACCCUUAGGUUGUAAAGUAACUGAAGCGGAAAGUUCUGCUGUGCCCUCUCACAGUCAAUAUCCGCUCAUCUCCAUUGACUAUAAUAUAAAAUUUUCUUUGUUAAUAGUAUUUAAUGAUUUUGAUACCACCACUACCACUGUCGUCAUCACCAUUGUCAUCAUCAUCAUUAUUCUUAUUGUCAUUAUCAUCAUCAUCAUCAUCAUCAUCGAGAGCAGUCACCAUCCUUCUUUUGCAGUAAUUGGGCCGGUAUUCCCUGUUUAUGUUUGUCUUGUUUAAAAACCUUUACAAAAUCUUAUCAAGAAACUUUUUUUCUUCUGUAGGCUAGGAUUGAACAGAUUCAAGCUCAGUUUUCCUCCUCUGAAGAAAUUAAUCAUCUCGAACAACAAGCAGUGAAAAGAAAGAAAAAACGGGUGAGAUGAAAGUAAACUUAGUUGGUUUUAUUCGGCAGGCUAUGGGUACCAUAUGUUAAUAGUUUUUCACAUCCUUUGGAAUUUCACUUUGUUUUGCUAAUAGUGUAAGUUGGUUUAUUUUUUAGGAAUGGCAGAAAAAGAGAAGAAAAGAAGAGCAUGCGCUGAAAAAGGAAGCUGAGGAGAGAAAGAAGGUUCUGCAUAAGAAAAUUGAUGAAUGGAGGUCACAAAUAAUAGCAGAGGAUCAAGCCAAACGAAGAGUAAUCAAUUUACUGUUACUUGUUUAUGUUUGUUCACCUUUUUAAUAGUCUUUCUCUUCCCCUCCGUCUGGUGUCCUCUGCAGCGUGCAAAGAAAGUAGUGUCUGAUAGCCCAGGGCUAGUGGAUUUUGCUAUCGGGCUAGUGAAAUCUGUUUUUAACUUGCUCGACGGGCAAGUGAUGUUCUUUGACGAAUUCGAAUGACAGAAGAAGUGUGAAAUCAAUUCUGCUUGACGAAAAGCUUCUGGGGCUAGUUGAAAUGACGUCUGGGCUAGUAAAUGCUAGCUUCAGCUUGCCCGAAUGGCAAGCUGUAUAAAUGAUUUUCUUUGCACCCUACUCUGGCUGAUUCUAAAUUUCAUUUCUAAAAAGAAGGUAAACCAUUGUAAAAGGAUCAUCAAAGAGGUUUCACGUGGAAAGUCACACCAUAAGGUUUCAUCCUCAGACUCAAAAAUUACAAUCAGGCAUAGCAGAGCGAGCAAAUUACAAGAGUGCAUUUGAAAAUUGCCAGCCAAGGGGGAAGCAACAAUUGGAGGAAAGAGAGAAAGUAUUUCACAUGCUUGGCUAUUAUCCUUGAGCUUUUAAACAAAAAACACUGAGUGUAAAUCCAUCUUUUUGUAACAAAACAGUAACGACAACAACAACAAAAUACACUUAUGUGAAGUAUACUUUCUUAAAAUACACUUAAUGAACUACUGCAUUAUAUUAGCCUACACAUACGUAUUAAUUGCUUUCUAAAUGUAUUUAUAGGCCGAGUUGAUGAAACAUGAAGCAGGUGGAGUACUGGGAGAAGUGAAGAGGAAACAAACAGAAGCUACAAAAGCUCUUGACCUCUUAAAGGCGUUGAGAAAGCUACGGGAGGCCAGAAAACAAGAAGCUGAAGUAAAAGGUGAUUAGUGCAACAAUGUAUAAGAAUAUGCUUCAUUCAGAAAUGCUUGAUGAAUGGCUAUCCAGUGGACAAGUGUUAGGUAAUUGAGUUAGACACUGGAUAGAGAUUCAUCAAGUAGGUACCACUAUCCACAGAGUACCCUGUGAACAACUGGGACUGGGUUUUACCGAGUAGCACCAAGUCUUGACAACAUUUCAGAAUGAGGGAGCGUCGCGAAUAGGAUUCGUAGGAAGUUUUCGUUCUCUCUUCGCAAAGAAUUAAGUUGGAGAGUUUUAAGGUUAAUUUAACCCGUUAUCACGCAAAAAAACAAUGCGCCAGUAAAGUGUUGAGACUUCACAUCCUACUAGAAGUGUCACCAUCAGAAACCAAUCUCCAAGCAUUAUUCGGCCUUUCUUGCAGGGCGUUUAUCAAAGGAGAAGCCCAAAACAAUUUUCCGGGCGAAAGCGUGUGCGUUUGGAAAGUUUGCUUUGCUUUUUGAGAUACCAAAACUAAAAAGAAAACAGGAGGCCAUAAAGACAAGUUCACUUUGAAGCUCAUUUUGAAGCAUUCUUUUAGAGAAAGUUCAGCUGCUAUUUUUCAGGAAGGACGAAUGUCGCCGCCAGUGUCUAUUUAAACGCAUUUUUUUCGUUUGAUCUAGGCGUUUAUGUCAAGCCUACUGAAGAAGAAAAUCGAAAGUUUGAUGAAAGAGUGAAAUGGCUGGAGAAUGUGAUGGCUCCAAGACGAGAAUUAUACGAGGCGGAAGAGAAGACACUGCGAGUCAUGCUCGCUGAGGAGGAAGAAGAGAAAGAGAAAGAAAGACGGGAAAAUGAAAGAAAAAAUCAAGGUACUGGUCCUUCUAGCUUUAGUAUAGGCGUGUGUAUACUGAUGUUAUUUACCUAUAUAUUUCUGUAACUUCCAUGGAAUGCACAGAUUCCGGAAUAAAAAAAAAACAGAAGUUAAUAGUUUUUGAAUAAAGCAAAAGGACGGACGAAGAUACAGACAAAAAAAGGUUCUUCUGUGAAGCAAAUUAAAAAAAGGUCACAAUUUGUAGACCUGCAAACUGUAAUAAUAAUGAACCGAUCAAAAACGAAGUGAAGGUCGACCUGAUCUUAAGUAACGACUACGGCGACGGUAACGAAAACGGCAAAAAAGCAAUGGGUGUAGAUCAACAAAACAACUACUCUGCACGUGCAUCACGCUUUUCUGUGCAUUUCUUUGCGGUCACUGCACGGCUACGACGUGAAAAUGGCUAAAUUCAUGUUUUGUGCAUGAUGACGUGAACACACGACAAAGACUUUCUUUUUAUCCGAGAACUUCGAUACAGUUCCUUAAAAUUCAACUCCAGAAAAGUUUGCCAACAUUUCACGAAUUGAUCGAGAUGGAAUAAGCGCGAUAAAGUUUGAAUUUGCACGAAUUCUGGUUUUCACUAGCGCAUAAGCAUAAGGACAUACUCGCAGAAUUGCAUAUUUGACUCAAUUCUCGAGACCAACUCUCCUCAACCCCAUGAUAAACAAUAUGGCGGACGAAGCGUCCGCCAUAUUGCUUUUGAUAUGUUCGCAUUAGGUCUGGGUCAAAGUGACCUCUGAUUGGUCCUUAUGUCGACCCAGUUUUCACUUGCUUCCACAUGUGCUUGUGCUUAUGCUUAUGCUUAUGCGCUAGUGAAAACCAGGCUUUACAAUUGUCACUUCUGUCAUUACAGGCUGCAGCUGCACUCCAAUUGGCCACUCCAGAAAUACCAUAACAUACCAUAAUGGUCUUUGUUUGUCACCCCAAAAAUUUUGCAUAAGCAUUGUCUUCAGUUUCUCUUGGGAGUUAAAAUGGCCCCAGUUGCCCGCAAACUCUUAUGCAAAAUUUUGGGAUGAGAAACAAAAAGUUAUACGAGGCACUUAUCAAGGCUUGCUUAAAAACAGUUGCCCGUAUCUCAUUGAGAAUUAUACGAGGCGGAAAUCAGGGCUUUAAGCAUAUAUUGUCAAAAUAUCUGUUCUCGCUUACAAUGUACCCUCACUUGUUCUCUUUCUUUCGUCCAGCAUCUCUAGGAUUGUCUGACCCAAUGGACUGGUUUCGCAGCUAUUACAAACAAGGCGAACACAGUGUACAGUCCUUGCUGCAAAUAAGGUACUGCCACGAAAAAUGUAUCUUUAUAUGUCGUAGAUAAAAUAAUUUCUCAAGUCAAACCAGUGUUCAACCUAGUUUGCCCGCAACCGGCAACGGCUUGACUGUCGGUAGGUUUAUAUGUACUUUUAUUUCCUGCUUUAGUUUAUUCUCCUGUUUUACUUUCUGUCUACCUCGUAUUUCCAGCCUAUUCUUUCGUGGUAAAAAUUUAGAAAAAAAAUGCCGCAAAAGCUAUCUUACUAUAUUUGUCCGUCAUUUUUAAAGUUUUCGAAAAAGUAGACAACGCCAACAUUGUAAUGUUAGAUGACUUAGCUAGGGAAAGUGCUAGGAAGUGUAAUCUGUUGGUAGUCAUGAAUUCAGUGAUGGAAUUGUAUGCAGGAUGCCGUGCCAUGCAUGUUGUUGACAGUGUUGAUAGAAGAAACUGGCCUGCGAGUAUUACGUGUAAAUUGUUCUGUUUUUUUUUUUCGAAUUCAUAAAGGGGGUUUUAAAAAUGACGAAUGUUUUCCGUCUUCUAGGCGGCAAUGGGACGCUUUCUUGGUCCCCGAUACAUUCCCUGGCGCCUCCCGUAUCCCUGAUGGAUUUGUGACUCCAGCAGAGCCUUCAUCGGAUUUAUGGGCGACAGCGAUUAUUGACAAGGGGUAGAAACAGGGACAAUAAGUACAGUACCAUGUUGGUCCAAAAAAUUCAGCGCUUUUCUUCACCACAUUCAGCUGUGGCCCGUCGAGAGCAUCCAGCAGCAACGUGACGAUUUGUUAAAACUUCACGGGCAAGUGCUACAAAGAGGAAUCAGGCUGUGUAGUGGAAGUGAAAAUAGUGACAACCAAGGCCUCCAAGGAACAUUGAAGCGAACAUUACGAGACGUAUCUCUUUGUGAACUGUGAAUUGCAAUGGCGUUCUAUUGUUGAGUGCGAUGACACAUUGUUUUGGUCCAAGGUAUUUGCCUUCCAAA